GUUCGGCCACACAGUUUAAACUCCGCCGGACCUGGUCACUCUUCGGUCCCGCUCUGUGUCGUUCAUCGUCCGGGUCUGAAGAUGCCGGCCGCCGGAGUUCUGUUCUCGCUGCUGGUGACUCUCGCUCUCCGGACCAGCGACGCGUUUCCGAACUGGUUCCCCGACGAAGAACUCGGUCGCGGCAACUGGUCGUGCGGGCAGUGUGAUCCGGACUUGUGCCCAGAAACCCGCGGCUGCCGGGCCGGACUGGUGCCGGACGCGUGUGGCUGCUGCGAAGAGUGCGGCAACCUGGAAGGUCAAGCAUGUGACCCAGCGGAGCGCAGCGCCGGGGUCUUCGGACUGUGCGGUGCUGGCUUACGGUGCCAGCAGGAUCCGGGCCCCGGGGGAGCAUCGGAGCAGGACGGGGAGGAGCGCGUGUGUGUGUGCGUCCUCCAGGAGCCGGUCUGUGGCUCGGACGGAACCACCUACAGCAACGAGUGUCAGUUCAGACAGGCCAAGUUCUCCAGUCCUGAGCUCGAGAUGAUCGGGAUGGGAGCCUGCAGGACCGUUCCGGUCAUCAAGCUUCACCCCCAGCAUCAGAUCCGGUCCACCGGUACCAGCCUGGUCUUCCUUUGCGAAGUCUUCGCUUUCCCUAUAGCAGCAGUGGAGUGGACCAAGGAGGGUGGGGACGUAGUGCUGCCUGGGGACGACGCCCAUAUCUCGGUACAGUCACGGGGUGGACCCCGGAGGUUUGAGCUGUCCAGCUGGCUGCAGAUCGAGGGGGCGCAACCUCAGGACUCCGGCUCCUACAGGUGCUCUGCUCGGAACCAUUUAGGGACCGCUUCUGCUGUGGCUUGGUUAGAGGUCCGGCCCUCAGGUGACCUUUCAUCCCCCACAUCUCCUCGGGUCUCAGAGUUGGACUUGAUGGAGUCAGACUAUGACCUGGACUACUACUGAGAUCUGUGAUGUCACUUCUUACACGCCGGGUCAGAAUCUGUGUGAUUCACAUGACAUCACAACCAUGUUGCAUGUUUGAGUCUGGCCUGUAGAAGGCUGACUGAUGCCACAUGGUGAUGAGCGAUCUCUGACUUUAAAUGGUCUCCUGCAUCUCCUUCUGUCCUUACCUGUCUCCUACUCUGUCUCCUUGCUUCUUUCCUACUCCAUUCCCUUCUCUGUCUCCUGCUGUAUCUGUUGUAGCCUCUGUGUGCUUGCAAGGAUAAAAAU